AUGAGUCUCAAAAUAUCUGAAUUGCAUUAAAUAUAAAAAGAACAAUUGGAGUAGAUCGCUAGUUAAUAAGUUGAAAAAUCACAAAAUAAAGAUAAUACAAUUGAAAUUGGGAAUUAAGUGGAUAUUUAGGUGUUCAUGGAAAAGGAUCAAUAAAGAUUGGAUGAGGAUGGACUUUUUUUUUAUAAUCAAGUAGAUGAAGGAGAUUCUUGA